AUGAAGGCCGUUUUUGCGUUUGGGCUUGCUGGACUCUCAGCAGCAGUGACUGCUGCACCGUUAGACGAUCGUUCAGACUAUGCUGUGCAUAGCUCUCAUUUCGUCCCGGGUGGAUGGGAACAAUCAGGCAAACCAGACCCUGAGCAUACCAUCAACCUCCGAAUUGGUUUGAAGCAAGGCUCCUUUGCCGAUCUGGAGAGACAUCUUUACGAAGUCAGCGAUCCAAAUCAUUAUCGAUAUGGUCAGCAUUUGUCGGCCGAAGAGAUUCGUGCCUUUACGGCUCCAUCUGAAGAGGCCUUGAGUGCCGUUGAAGAUUGGCUUCAGAGCCAUGGCAUCUUCAAGGAGCAGGUAGAAUACAGCCCUGCAAAAGACUGGGCCGUGAUCGCACUGCCUGUCAAGCAAGUCGAGAAGCUCUUGGAUACGGAAUAUCACCAAUAUCAAGAUGGCAAGGGAGCUCAAGUCGUGCGAACGACUGCAUACAGUCUUCCAAGAUCCCUCCAUGGUCACAUCGACACCGUGCAGCCCACAAACUACUGGGGAAAGCCAGAACUUCACUCCUCGGAUCUGAAAAUUGUCGAUCUUUCUGCUACUAACAAAAUUGCAUCUCUCGCUGUCCAGGCUGCACCGGCAGCUUGCAGCGGAACGUCUGUAUCUCUGAACUGUGUGAGGACCGUCUAUAAUACAACCGAUUACAUUCCCAAGGUUCCUCAGAAGAACUAUGCUGCCUGGACGAAUUACCUCGGUGAAGUGCCGUCCGACUCUGAUUUUCAUCAGUAUAUUGCUCAGCAACGUCCUGAUGCCAAUCAAAGCUACGCAUUCACCAGAACGAUCAUUGCCAAUGCUUCCAACGACCAGACUAAUCCUGGCGUGGAAGCCAACCUUGAUUCGCAGGCUCUGGGUGGCUUCAUUGUUCCCACCAAGCUUACCACCUAUUCCACCGGUGGCUCUCCCCCAUUCACCCCGGACAUCAGCACUCCUACCAACACCAAUGAGCCGUAUCUGACCUGGCUCGAUUACGUCCUAAAGCAAUCGAAUCUGCCAUACGUCAUCUCCACAUCCUACGGCGACGACGAGCAAACCGUACCGUUGAACUACGCCCAAAGAGUCUGCGCCGAAUUCGCCCAGCUCGGAGCCAGAGGCAUCACUCUUCUGCUAUCCAGCGGCGACAACGGCGUCGGCGCCCCAAACACAUGUCUAUCCAACGACGGAAAAUCCACGCCCAAAUUCCUGCCCGCUUUCCCAGCUUCGUGCCCCUACAUUACCGCUGUGGGCGGCACCCGAGACUUUUCCCCUGAACAGGUCGCUUUCGACACCAGCAAUGGCUAUGUUGCGGGCAGUGGCUUCAGCGAAUAUUUUUCUCGACCGGAUUACCAGGCGCCCCAGGUGAAGAAGUAUCUCGCGUCGAUUGGAGGCUUGAAUAAGGGACUUUACAACCCGAAUGGGAGGGCUUAUCCUGAUAUUUCGGCGCAGAGUUAUAGGUUUCAGGUUGUUUAUAAGGGAAGGACGGUUGCUGUUGAUGGGACUAGUGUUGCGUCACCUAUUAGUGCUGGUGUUCUCACACUCGUCAACGAUGCUUUGAUGGCAGCUGGAAAACCUCCACUCGGAUUCCUUAACCCUUUGCUCUACUCUAGCAAUGGUGCAGGCUAUACCGAUGUCACUGUCGGCAAUUCUACUGGCUGCAAUACUGGCGGGUUUCCCUCUGGUGAGGGAUGGGAUGUUGCAAGUGGAUUCGGCACACCAAACUUCAAGGCCAUUCGAGCGGCACUUGGAGUAUAGAAAUGUCUACGCCGAGGAUUGUCCUACCUAGUAUGUUCAAGAAGGUGUAAGGCAUCUAUGCAUCAAAUGGCUGGGCAUCGACCAUCG